CAACGACAAGCAACAACCAAACAAAACCCCCACACACACCACCCCACUGCAGCCACCAUCCGUCUAUCAUCACCGUCAGCAUCAUGAGCUCAGAAGGCGGUGGCGGCGGGCAUGGUAGCGGAGCUGUGUCCAACUCGCUGACGCGCAAGCUCAACAAGAUCCUCACCAGCCACGACACUUUGUUCACGUCAUCCCACGCCGGCAUCGUUGCGGCGUUGCAUGGGCUGUCGGACGUGUUUGAAGCCGGAAACAAGCGAAACGACAAGCAAGAGCGGCAGAGGUUACGCAGCGACAUUGAGCGCAACUCAAUCGAAGUCAAUCGCCGUUUCCUCGACGCGUUCCAGGAAGUACAACAGAAACUGGAGACAGUGGAAGGCAAGGUGCACGCCAUGCGAGACUGCUGCCACGACAUGACCGCGCGACUGCACAAGGCGCAGAACGAGACCGCAGAGCUGAUCAAGAAGACGUCGGCGCUGAGACAGGACAAGGAGAAGCUGCAGGUGCGACGCGCGGUGCUGUCGCUGUUUCUGGACCGCUACCAGCUGCGGCCAGAGGAGCAGGAGGCGCUAUCUGGCGGGCGGCCGCUCGACGCGUCGUUCUUCAGGGCAUUUGAGCGGGUGAAGGCAAUACACGCGGAGUGCACGCGGCUGCUGCGGACGAACCAGCAGCGUGCGGGCCUGGACAUCAUGGACGAGAUGACCGCACUGCAGGAGAAGGGCUACGAGCGCCUCUACGCGUGGACACAAGCUGCGUGCCGCGGGCUGACGACACAGACGGUGGACCGGACACAGCUGCUCAACCGUGCGUUCAAGGCGCUCAGAGAACGAGAAGUCCUCUACAAGUACUCUGUGAACGAGUACACGACGACGCGUCGACAGGCGGUGGCGCGGGGAUUCGUUGAUGCGCUGACACGCGGAGGACCAAACGGAACACCAAAGCCGCUUGACCUCGACUCACACGACCCCAUUCUCUACGUCAGCGGGAUGCUCGGGUGGCUGCAUCAGGCGAUGGCGUCCGAGCGCGAUCUCAUUGUCCGCGUCAUCUUUUCGUCGUCCGACGAUCGCCAGCGCGCGUCGUCGUCGUCGUCAACAGCGGCGUCAACAACGGAGGAGAGUGUGACGUCACUGAUGGACGAAAUCAUGGAGGGCGUGUGCAGACCGCUCAGGACGCGGUGGGAGCAAGUGACGUCGUCCCACCCGCCGCUCGUCGCCUGCUACCGCAUUGCCUCCACCCUCCUCCUCUACCACUCCUUCACCCGCGAUAUCGUCGGCGAACAGUCACAGCUCGCCACCCUGCUCCAGGAACUCCACGCCCUCACCAUGGACGUGUUCUUCAAGUCGCUGGACCGCUUUGCUGACGACCUCAAACAGAACAUCGAAAUCCCACCGGCCGAUCUGUAUCCGCCAACAACCGUCGAUCGAACGCUCGGCAUGCUACAGGAAAUCCUCGAAGCCAAAGCGACAACGGCUGUGGACGCGCCAACAACUACAGAUGAUACAAAUAGGAUAUUGCGAGGGAUGGUUGAUCCGCUGCUGCAGAGCUGUCUCCUCAGCGCCGCCAACCUCGGGCCAGCAGACAUGGCCGCGUUUAUGAUCAACUGCAUUUACCGCAUGCGCUCGCUCCUCGACACAUUCGACGACACAGACGAGCGCGCGGAAAUGCUGAACGCGCAAGUCGAAGCAUACGUCGACACGUUGGUGAACGAGCAGGCGCACUUCAUGACGGAGGCCAGCGGGCUCAAGGGCGUUCUGCACGCCUUCCAGCAGUGGCAGCAUCGCGGUGGCGAGGGCGCAAUGGCAGCGCAGCCAGGACUGGACGUGCAGACGACGACGGGGGCGCUGCGGGCGUUUGAUGGGUACUUGGCGAACGCAAGCUUUGGCAUGAUCCGCCAAUGCGAUCUUCUUCACAGCGGUGCUGUGCGCGAUCGGAUCCGGCAGCUGGCCAACACCAUCUUCUGCAAUACUGUCGAGGAGUUCCGGGACGCGUGUGUUGCGCCGACCAGCGACUAUCCCCCAGGCCUCGUCCACUUUGACCGCCAAACCCUCGAGGCCCUCCUGUGAUGUUUGCACGCGGUGUGCUUGUCGCAUAUGCUGCGUCUGUUACAUGAGGUACAUGCGCUUGGCUUUGCACUAACAUUACACAGUCAGCUACCAUU